AUGAACAGGCCCCAAGCGUGCUGUCUGCUCCUGUUCACCAUUCUGGUGGCCCUGGUAGUCAGCCCAGACCCAGAAAAGAAUAAGAUCAAGGUGCUGAGGGAACUGAAAGUCGUCAAUGCCUCCAAUGCCAAUGUGAAGCAGUGCUUGUGGUUUGCCAUGCAAGAGUACAACAAAGACAGUAAAGAUAAGUACCUCUUCCAGGUGGUGAAGAUAGCGCAAGCUCAGCUACAGGUCACAGAUCGGUUGGAAUACUUUAUCGAUGUUGAAAUUGCCCGCAGCACUUGCAAAAAACAUUUAGAAAAUCAUGAAAUCUGUGUUGUGCAAGAAAACUCCAAACUGGAAAAGAGAGCAUUUUGCAACUUUUUGGUCGGUGCUCUGCCCUGGAAUGGAGAAUUCAUAGUGAUGAAGAAGCGGUGUUUGCCUCUCUAA